UCUAAUAGCUAAAAUAGCUCUUGUGUUUCGAUACUUGUAAGCUAUCAAUCGAUUGUGGGUGCCACCGAUAACGAUAACAAGAGAAGCAACCCUAGCUGCCGGGCCACGUACAAUUUGCGUUAAAAAAUAACAAGAAGUAAUUAGAGCUAAAAUACAAUAAUGGACGUGAUGCAGCGCUACGUUUCGCCCGUGAACCCGGCCGUUUUCCCCCACCUUGCUACCGUUCUCUUGGUCAUCGGAACCUUCUUCACCGCCUGGUUCUUCAUCUUCGUGGUGUCCCGGAAAAGCUCGAAGGAGAGCACCUUAAUAAAGGAACUGCUGAUUAGCCUGUGUGCCUCCAUUUUCCUGGGAUUCGGUAUCGUUUUCCUACUUCUAACCGUCGGUAUUUACGUAUGAGAUAAAAGACCAUUCCGCAUAGAAAUAAACUGAAGAUCUGAUCGUGGGCGUAAUCAUA